AUUUGUGGCCUUGCUGCGUCACCGAAAUGAGAUCUCUUCCUGAUCUUUGCAGAUAUGGGCGUGCUCGUCCUCGAGGUGAUGACCAAACUCGACCACCUUCCUCUUGGCAGAGUGCAGAUCACCGAACUGCCCCAGCUCUCUCCCAGCCACCCGAUCGGGGGGGUUUUCACCAUCCUUUCACCGACAUCCGAGAAACUGGGAGAGCUGCAGGUUUCGCUGGUUCUCGAACCCCUGUCAGAAACGCGUGACGCCGGCAGCUCUGCCCCAGCCCCAGAUGCAAGUUUAGAUACGGCUCCUGCUCAGGGAAGCAGCAAGCCCCGGUUUCUUCCUCCGUCGCCACAAUCUAAGCGCACCCGGGUGGCUGCUGCUGGCCAGGAGCCUGCUGACAGCAGCAGAGCCACAACUCCCAGAGGAAAGGACCAUUUAUUCUUUCAAGAGAACUCCAAAAACGUAAAAGAUGUUUCUUCUGCUUCCCACCACCGUCUGAUUUUACCAGACGAACAUUUAAAAGCGAAUCCUUUAAAGCAGCCGGAGUCGUUUCCCACCAGCGCUGAUCCCGACGCGCCUCCCGGAACAAACACGCGGGUGUUCUCUUUGCAUAACCCAGCUACAAAGGACCUGCUCUCAGCUCUUCUGGAUCAAGGCAAUAAACUCCGCGAUGCCAUGGUUGUCUCUGCAAUGAAGUCUAGCCCGGACGUGGAGAUUGAACUGAGUGAAGUGCCUCCUUUCGUGAAGACGGAUGGCUUCAAAGCAGCAGCAAAGAGCCCAAACGUCCUGAGCUCAGAUUUUGUGCCUGCUCCUGAAGAUCCCCAUCCCUUCACAUCUGACAUCACAAGUCAGCAACUGGACCUCGACUCUGAGGAGAGAGCGAUACAGUUACUGUUGGGCAGUGCUGACUUACCUCCUGUGCGUUUCUGGGACCAGACAGGUUCCCUUUGGGAUUCUCUGUCCAUUGGGAGCGAGGUGUAUGACAGCGAGCUCAAUGAUCCCCACUACGACCAGAGUCUGCUGGAGAGUCUUUUUUACACGGCUCCUAAAUCGGAUUCCAGUUUAAGCGAUUUCCUCAGCGAUGAAGACGUUGACCCUCCCAAAGAAAUGGGCAAGGCAAAAACUGUGAAGAAAGCCAAUUCUGUGAAUCCCCAGAAGGAUUCCAGUGCCUUUGAUCAGGAUCAGAAAGUGACAGAAAUUAAGGCCAGCUGCUCUCCUACCAGACAACUCGCCCCUCUGGAUGUUGGCACAGAAGAAGUUUGCGUCGCUGCCUUGAGCGUAGACCAGUUGGCGUUGCUGGGGAGGAUACACCUGGCCAGAGUCAUCAUUGAAAGCUUGCGAAUCCCUCCCGAGGGCACCCAGAUUACACCGAGAAAGAAAGGUUUAAUGGGGAAGCCUCCAAGGCCUGCACCAGUUAAUAAGUGCACCUUCUUCGUUGAGUACCACUUUCCUGUGGGAGCCUCCAAGAACGAAAAAGGACAGGUCUCCGUGACCACAGAAGUGAUCCGAAUAGCUUCGAGUAAAAUCACAGACGGCGUGGUGAAAUUUCAGCAGCGGUUUGUGUUCCCUCUUCGUUUCGGUGGAACGAUGGUUGAGCACUGGUGGAGCUCUGACCUUGCUUUUAAAAUCUACGUGAGAAAAAGCACCCAGAAAAAGCCGGUGGCCGUUGGCUCGGCAGUGCUUCAGCUGCGCAAGGUUAUUCAGUCGGAGUUGCUCACUGUCAGCGACGAGAUACCAGUGGAAAAAGAGGGAGGUCAGAUGCAAGUUGGACCACUGAAGGUGUCGUUAGAGCUCGCUGCUGACAACAAAGACUUCGCCAGCACCGCUGCCAGGUCAGCGGUGGCUGCGCAGCAAAUCCCAACUCAUGCCGUAAGAAGUCCCCGGCUGGAAUUCCGGGAGCCCGACAGGAAUGGUGUAAAUGCAGAAAGCUGCGUGAAAUUUAGCAGCCACGAGGGCCUGCAGAAGACGGGAGCAGCCAGCGCGGACGUUGGGUGGCCGCCACGGGCUGUAUCGACCUCUGUGGCCGGUAAUCGGUUGGCACAAACAUCUGCACCUGAAGAUUUCGGGUUACUGCUGCACGUGCUGCUGAUGGUGCCUGACGGGAAGGAUUUCAUUGCUGAGCGGUACGGGCUCCACGCUUCUUGCAACGUGUACUUAAACUGCAAGCUGCUCAGCACGGAGGAGGCAACGAGAUCUGCUGUCGUGUGGGGCACGACACAACCUGCCUUUAAUUUUUCUCAGGUUUAUCAGCACAGAAGCGGGAGUUUCUAUACGUAUUACUACCCAAACGUCAGGGACCAGAUGGUUGCCAAAGGGACCUUGCCUUUGUCGCGGCUGUGUGCCAUGGUGACUAUGCAGCAUCGGGAGCAAAUAGACAUACAGACCUUUAAUCUUCCGUUGGUCCCGAGGACUGAUUCCUCAGAGGAAUUUCACCUGCGGUCUUCAGGCUUGCUUGAUGUGAGCGUCAGAUACCGCCGCUUUGUGAAAACUGCAGGAACAACCGCUCAGGCGGUUUCUCUGGCUGUACAAAUACACCGAGCAGCUGGUUUGCAAGCAGCAGCCAGAGCUGUGGCAGAGAAGAACCCUUCGCUCCAGUACUAUGCAGGUGUGGGAGUUAACGCUUACGUCUCCGUGCACCUCUCCUUCCUACCUGAGACAGAGAGGCGCAACACACAGGCUGUGGCUCGUACUUUCUGCCCGGAGUUUGAGCACCACGUAGAGUUUCCUUGUAACCUCAUCGUCCAGAAAAGCAGCGGAGAAGCCUCUUGUUUGGGAGAGCUCUUGCAGUCUGCCAGUAUCGUCUUCUCUGUCUACCAUCAGAGCGUCAAGUCAGCCACUGACACGUUGGCAGCUCGGACAUCAAGAGAUUAUCUUCUUGGGACAGUUACAAUUCCAACCAGAGACCUACUGAGAAGAAGAUCAGGUAUUACAGGCUGGUACCCCGUUACCCUCGCUGAAGAGGCAAUGCCUUCACACCGCGCUAACAUCAUGCAGGCCGUUGGGGGAGGACUGGACCUUUCCGUGACUUUUGCUCAUCACGGUGACAGGGAGCGUGUGUUGGAGGCUGCUAAGCUUCUGGGAUGGAACAGCGAGGAAAGCCCUGAGGACAGUUUGGAUGAGAGUGACGAAGGGGAUCAGGGGGACAAUCCAGUGGCUGUGACCAUUUCAACCCCAAGAGUGUGGCUGCCCGUCCACUGCGUGCUGCUCGCGGGGCAGACGCACCUGAACAGAAGCACUCACUGCUACCUCAGGUAUAAGCUGUACGAUCAGGAAGCCACGUGGACCUCGCUUAGGAGGCCAAAACUGAGUGACGACGCAAGGAACGUCACGGUGAGCUUUAAGAAACCAAACGAGGUGACCCUCCGAAGGAGCCAAGGGCUGAUUUGGUUCUUCAGGGAGGAGAAAUUAGAAAUCCAGGUGUGGUGGGCAUACGGCAAAGAAAAUGAUGCGGAAAGACCGCUUGAUACAGAUCGUCUCAUUGGAUCCGCCUAUGUCGACCUCGGAGCGUUAGCAGAGAGGUCAAGGAAAGCACUGAGCGUUGGUGGAGUUUACCCCUUGUUCCGAUGCAAUGCUGCAGACCUAGCGGGGGCUGCUGUCCGUGUUCACGUCGCCCUUUCUUCCACUUCUGCUGCCCUGACCAGCAGACUUCACUGCGCUGAGGAGUACAGCAGCAGUGAAGAUGAAAGCACAGAGAAAGCACCUGGUCCGAGCCAAGAGGUCCCUGAGAAUCACUGUCAGAAUCUGGAUGUCCUAAGUUCAGAAAUCCCCAGUGAGAAACCGCAAGAAGGCGACGAGGAGUUUCUGGAAAACACGGUUGCUGUCAAUAUCCUGGUGGAAAGAGCAAUGCAUCUAAGUUUAAAAGGGAGCCCUCUAACAGACCGGGAAGUAACAGCACCCAGCAGCUGUGUGACGUUUGCUGUUGCCGGUGCGGCCGCUCCAGUAACCACGUCGGUGAUAGAAGACACAGACUCGCCCGUCUGGGACUUCCAGCAGCAAGCGAGAUUAUCCAAAGAACUUCUGCUGGAUCCACAGCAAACCUUGGUCUUCAAAGUGUGGCAUAAAGCAGCAGAGACCGAGCGGGUGAUAGGAUUUGCAUCGGUGGACCUUUCUCCUCUUCUUUCUGGCUUCCAGCUAGUGUGCGGGUGGUACAAUAUUACAGACUUCAGCGGGCAGUGCCGAGGACAGAUCAAAAUAGCAGUUUCCCCCCUUCAAAACAUAAAUAACCUCAAAGAAGAAAAGCAGGCGAGGGUUCGGACCCAGCCUCCAAAUUCUUCAGUGAAAGACAGCUUUCCAGCAUUCCCCGGUAACGUUACAAGCUUUUCCAAGCAGGUGUCAAAUACCUUGUCAAAGGAAGCUACUCAAGAACCGCCUGUUCCUAGCAGAAUUCAUUCCCCUAAGACGCACGCCCCUCGUCAUGAAGAGCACAUGCAGAACGUGCGCAGGUUUCACGAGUCCUUGCAGCAAGCGGAAGGAAACGCACACCGGGCAGCCAAGGUGGACGCGUUACCGCUGUCAUCACGCGCUUCUCUUCUAACUGCUCUCAGAAAAAACUUGAGUGAGCUGGAUGAGGUUCAGAGAUACUUCAGUCAGAAGCUGACCAGGUCUUUUCCUGACUUCAGUUACGGUGACACACCGAAACCAAGCCGUGAAGAGCAGGAGAGCGAUCAUCAGGGCUUGAGGAGCCGCGAAGUGGAUCCCAAUGGAUACCAUCUUCUGAAAACGUCGAGUCAGUUGGUGUCUCAGGUCAGCAGCCUCAUCAGUGACUUACAGACCAUCGCUAAAACUAGCAAAGACUCUUCUGGUGGGCAUCAAGACAACAGCAGAAAGCCGAGUGCUGCUCGUGUUCCCCACCAGAAGGGUGGGAAAGCCAGAACUGAAGUGCAUCAAGGCCAGGGUGAGUCGGACUCGACCAAUGCCUGCAGCGAUACGCAGCUGCCGUGCUCUUUCGGGAGACACAUAUUGCAGGAGCUGCUAGACCAAGCUGUCCCUGAAAGCGAGUCUCCUUUGCCAGCGGACCACAUCCAGAGAGCUGAAGGUGCUUUUGCCCUCCAGCCCCACAGCGAAGAAGAAUACGAGGAAGACGUUAUAGAACCACGAACUCUUAAUGAAAUAACAACCCUGACUGACAAAACCAGUCCCUGGUCCAGCGUGCUCUCCGAAGUGGAACUGGGCGCUGAGCAGCAGCCUGCAAACGUGGGGCCCGAAGAUCAGGGGGCUGCAGAUUGUUUGCAAAAAGGAAACAGCAGGAGGAGCAGCUCGUUGUCCAGCGUACCGCAAGGUGACAACCGAAACGUGCUCACUGCUCUUAGCCCGUGCGUUAUCCCCCGCGCAGAGCAGAGCGGUCCUUGGGCAGGAACGGAAGGCUUCAAGAGCUUGAACGGUGUCACUGAAAAAUCUGAGAAGGAGCUGCUUCGUUCUGCUCGUUUGUCAGGAGUGCAUCAAACAGUUGGUGGCCCUGCAGAAAAUGGAAAUUGCAACUGGGAGAGGACGUUUAACGCUAAGCAAAUAAAGCGAAACGCAGAGUUUCCUGCGGCCUCCGAAGAACUUCUGGAAUUUCCAGGAGUCAUUGCUUUGACCAAGCCAAAAACCACAGCGAGGGAGAAGGAAAAUGGUGAGGUUUUAGGUAAAGGUCAUCAAGAUGAGGAAAAAAGUGGUUCCAAUGAGAUCUUUGCGAAGAGUGGAUCUGCCCGAACAGGCUCAGAAGGAAACGUCGGUGGCUUUUCUGAUGGCAGCCAUGAAGACCCACCAGGAGAGUCAGGGAAGUCUGAGAAACCAGCAAUUGUUUUGCCUGAUCCCGUUGUUCCCAACUUCUUCCUUCCACCGCAGCAGAUGGAAGCCUCCAUGAGGAUGCUCAGCAUUUCUUCUCUUCCUUCCACGAGCGGACGCGGAGCUGCGCUGGGAGGGAUCCCGUACCGAAGGCCGAACCGUCAGAGGCCGGCGCUGGCCCCAGCCGAUCUCUCGGAAGCAGAAGCCCAAAGAAUCGCCCGGAUCUUCUCUGCUCAGCUCUCCAAGAACGAGUAGCGAGGGUGAGAGGCUGGCCGGAGCGGCUGCUUCCCAAGCCACGGCUCCUGCCUGCCGUGGGCAAAGGCUGCGGCCUCCGGGGCAGAGGAGAAGGCAGCAGUUGGGUUCAAU